AUGGAGCCAUGCGGACUGCGGGCGGCGGCGACGGCGGACGGAGUCGGUUUUUGGACCGUCACUCGUCUUCUCCGUGCCAUUCCCCCCACGUGCCCUCUUUGCCCCAGGCUGCAGGAUCUUCUUGGCUGCAUCAUUUUCGUGCGUUCAGCGUGGGAGCGAAUGCGGUCGAAUGCGGUUCGGAUCAACAGCCUGCAGAUUAGCUCGCUGCUUGUCCAACGUGCCUGGUGUGUCGCUGGGGGGGUGCUGGCAGCCACUGCAGCUGAGUGUGUUUCGCGGCGUCUGGACUUGUUCGCUUUGUGGUGGAUUGCCAUUCACGAGGUCGAGACCGCCCACUUACUCCAAAAACCAUACACGUCCGUGCAAAAAGGGUGUCUGACGUGCGCAUCCGGGCUGGCAGUCCAACAAGUGAUUACUGUAACCUGUGCUGUGCCUCAAAAUCCCUUCAUCGUCGAAUCUGUCCUUCACAAUGCUGCCGCCGCCUUGGCCGCCCUCGGUUCUUAUGCUGGCCUCGGCGAAAACAACAAGUGGGACGGCUCCCCCGACGGGCGGCGCCGCUAG